ACAUUGUCAGUUUGGCUGCAGUUUUGUGAAAGAAAAGUUCUACAAUUUAUAUUGUAGAGACUAAAAAUAGUUGCCAUAAAUAUAUUUAUAUAUAAAUUGUUAAGAAUUUUAUCAGAAAGUAGUAAUCAGUAGAUACUUUAGUCACAAUGUCUUUGGUUGAGAAAACCGGCUUCUUCCCCGACUACUAUCUUAACCUGAAAAACUCGCAAUCGGACGUUUUCGAUGUGCAGAUUGGUAAGAUAGCUGCAUGUCGCAACGAUUACGAGCGGCUGACAUUUGUCGAACAAUUUCCCGGUGUACGUGAGAAUGACGGACAACUGCAGGUGAAACGGGAGUUUGCUGGAAAAAAUGCCGACACUGCAGCGCAACUCAAGGAGAAGGGCAAUCAGGCAUUCAAGGCUAAAAAUUGGUUUGAGGCGAUGCUUUUCUAUACAAAAAGUUAUAUGGCAUUGCCAGAGCAUAAAGUAAGUGACCGCGCCAUCAUCUUGGCUAAUCGCUCUGCCACCCUCUUUCAUAUGGAGAAAUUCGAUGAGGCACUCAUUGAUGUUAAGCGCUCAAUCGAUCUGGGUUAUCCAAAGGAUCUCAUCUACAAGCUAUAUGAACGCCAAGCGCGUUGUUAUAUGGUAAAGAAAGACUACCCCAAUACCAUAGCUUGCUUCAAAAAAUGCAUCACCGCCUUGGAUGAUGCAAAAGUGCCUUCGGAUAGGCGCAGCAAGCUGAGUCUGGAUGCCAUGACGAUGAUUAAAAUGUUGGAAAGAGAUCCUCAAACUGCCAAACAGGCGGCUAGACAACAGAAGUUCGGUGAGGCUAAAUUGACAAUGGCAAUACCCGAUGAGAAGGAGUUUCUCAGUGAUAAUGUACGCUUCGAUCAGAACCCCUCGGAGGGUCGUUUUGCACGUGCUGCCACCGACAUUACUGUGGGUGAGGAGAUAUUGGUGGAGAAACCAUUUGUAGCGGUGUUAUUGGAGAAAUUCUCGAAAACACAUUGCGAUAAUUGUUUUAUUAGAACCGCCAUACCAGUCGCCUGUCCAAAGUGCGCUGAUGUGCUCUACUGCUCCGAAGAGUGUUUAACCAAAGCCAGUUCCACUUAUCAUAAGUACGAAUGCGGUCUCUUGCCUACGAUUUGGCGUUCGGGCGCUUCAGUAAAUUGUCAUAUGGCUUUGCGUAUUCUUGCCAAUAAGCCUUUGGAGUAUUUCUUAAAAAUUAAAGAUGAUAUUGAAAAGGAUUUACCUCUUGAUGAAAUAAUUAAGCUACCCCACGAAGACUACAGACGUGUCUCACAUCUGGAACGUCAUGAAAAAUCGCGACCAGCCUCUAAUAUCUUCCAGCACACGUUAAUGGCACGCUUUCUAACCAAGUGUCUCGCCGAAGCUGGUUACUUUGGUGAAACACCUAAAGCUGAAGAUUUGAACAUCAUCGGCGGCAUAAUGUUGCGCAAUCUACAAUUCAUACAAUUCAAUACGCACGAAGUGGCCGAAUUACAUGCGAAGAAGAGCGAUGGCAACGAGAAGACGGUAUUCAUUGGUGGUGGACUCUAUCCGACUUUGGCGCUCUUCAAUCACUCCUGCGAUCCGGGUGUGGUUAGAUACUACCGCGGCACAACCAUACAUGUGAACACCAUACGUCCCAUUGAGGCGGGGCUGCAAAUUGCUGAGAAUUAUGGUCCAAUUUAUACGCAGGAAGGACGUGAGCAGCGUCAGGCACAACUCAAAGAACUUUACUGGUUCGAUUGCACUUGCGAUCCGUGUUUGGAAAAUUGGCCCACCUUCGAACAGAUGCCAACCGACCUCAUACGUUUCCGUUGUGACGGCCCCAAGCCGUGUGGCGCUAUUAUUGAGGUGCCGGCAACGUGCAAUGAUUUCAUGAUUAAAUGCGUGACUUGCGGCGAGUGCACAAACAUUUUGAAGGGCCUCAAAGUGAUGCAGGAUACCGAAUUGAUGACACGCACCGCCAAGCGUCUCUACGAAGCUGGCGAUUACUCAAAGUCACUGAAUAAAUUCAUUGAUUUACUAAAGAUCAUGUACGAGGUGUUGGCACCGCCCUUCCCCGAUUUUUGCCAAUGUCAACAGCAUGCAAAGGAUUGCUUCCUGCACUUGGGUAAUUUCUAUAAUCUCAAUUAAAGCGUAGUUAUUGUAAUGCCGUAGCUAAUUGUUUGUUGUCUGUGACGCUGUAAUUAGUAAUGAAAUUCGAGUUGGUUGCACUGCAACAAUUUGCGAUUGUGUAAUCGUUGACAUUCAAUAUUUAUUAAAGUUUUAUUUUCAGCUAUAAUUCAUAUACAAUUUUAUUUAUGUAUAUACAACAACUGAUAUACUGACGAGCAAAUACAGGCAUGCAUAAUAUUAAAUAAUGAAAAAUAACAAAAAUAUUGCACAAUAUUGCAUAUAAAAUUGUAAAAACCCAUAUAAAAUAAUUUAAAAAAAAUGUAUAUACACAAAAGCUACAAACAUGCCCGAU